AUGCAACAAGCGCUCUUGCCGCCUCCGAGUUUCUUCAAGCGCCCGAUCGCUCUGCCUCACGCCCGAUCGAAGCUGACUCCAAGCCUGAUCACCACCCUGGCCCCGCCGCCGCUGGGCGAGGGCGAAUACACGCAGCGUCAUAAACUUGCAGCAACACCGUCAUCAUCUCUAGACCCAGAGCUACACCUAUCGCACACCGUCUACGACCUGCCCCCGCAGCUUGUCACCAACUUUGCUUCCCUCGGAAUCAAUCACAUUUACCCAUGGCAGCGUAACUGCCUAAAAGGCCCGGGCCUCCUCUCUGGCGAGCGCAACCUAGUUUAUUGCGCUCCGACCGGCGGUGGUAAAUCCCUUGUCGCCGACUUGCUCAUGUUAAAGCGCAUCCUCGAGCAGCGUGAAUCCAAAGCCUUGCUUGUGCUGCCCUAUGUUGCUCUCGUCCAGGAAAAGGUGCGAUGGCUGCGGCAGCUCGUGGAAGGCCUUACAUCCCCGCCACCUACGGACAAGGAUCAGUAUGCUGCAUUCAAUGCCAGGCCUAGUCAGGAUGGCUUGCGCGUGGUUGGCUUCUUUGGCGGCGGCAAAGUCAGGGCCACCUGGAACGAUUUUGACAUUGGUGUCUGCACGCUGGAAAAGGCCAACAUGCUUGUUAAUGCAGCCAUCGAAGAUUGCUCAGUAGCGAAGCUACAAGCCGUAGUGCUCGACGAACUCCACAUGAUUGACGACGAGCACCGAGGCUACACGCUGGAGCUCAUUGCCACGAAACUUCUCAGCUUGGAGCAUACUGUCCAGAUUGUCGGCAUGAGUGCCACUAUUCCUAACAUGGACCUCAUGGCCAAAUGGCUCAACGCGCACUCGUUCGAGACGCGAUACCGACCUGUUCCCAUUGAAGAGCACCUUGUCUGCAAAGGCGCUAUCUUUGCCGCCGAUGAUCCCCGCUGCCUCCCCGAUAACGCUACCCAGCUCGAAGCCGGCCUCGUCAACGCCGUUCGAAGUAUCAGUGCUUCUCCGCACAAAGAAUUGUCGGACCCCGUCUUGAACUCAGUGGUCACCCUCGCUCAUGAGACCGCAUCCGCAGGAUACGGUGUCUUGGUUUUUGCGGGAAGUCGCAGUAUGACCGAGUCGGUGGCACGCUGCAUCAGCCGAGUGAUGCCAGACAUUUCCGAAAUACACGAAACUAUGCUGGAAAAACGAACUGAUUUGCUAGAUGAGCUGAGAAGCCUGCCGACUGGCCUCGACCACGUACUAGAGGAGACAGUGUUAUUUGGAGUCGCCUUUCAUCAUGUGACGGCUGCAUACGACUCUGGCACCCUGCUAGUGUGUGUCGCCACCUGCAGCCUUGCUGCUGGCAUCAACCUCCCAGCACGUCGUGUCAUCUUGCACAACGCCAGGAUGGGCCGUGACUUUGUGGGACCAGCGAUGUUGCGUCAGAUGCGAGGGCGCGCCGGUCGCCAAGGCAAGUCACCUGUUGGUGAAACCUAUCUGUGCUGUCGCGAGGCCGAUCUCGAGCCUGUUGUGCAGCUGAUCAAGGCGGAGCUGCCCAAAGUCACAAGCUGUCUCACAUCAGAGAAUCGCCGCGUGCAACGCGCUGUUUUGGAAGUAAUUUCUGUUCGCUUGGCUACUAGCUACGACUCUAUUCGUUUUUACUUUGCAAAGUCUCUCUUAGCACUGACGCAGGAUAUCGCAAGAGUCGAUCAAGAUCUCAAAGCCAGCUUGAAGGACCUCGAGGGCCUUGAGCUCAUCGCAUCGGACGACCUCGGAAACUAUGCGCCAACUCAGCUGGGCAGGGCCAUUGUGGCGUCCGCGAUUGACCCUGACGACGGCAUAUUUGUGCACCGUGAACUCGUCAAGGCACUGAAGGCCUUUGUCAUGGACGGCGAGCUACACAUCCUCUACGUCUUUACCCCGGUGCAGGACCUGGGAGUCACGGUCAACUGGCAAGUUUUCCGCAACGAGCUGCAACUUCUCGAUGACAGUGGCCUGCGCGUUUUGCGAUUCCUGAGCAUCAAGCCGACUGCUAUUCUCAAGUUUGCGCAAGGCGUCCCAGUGCCUGAAAACACACCGGAAGAAAAAGAACUUUCUCGCGUGUACAAGCGAUUCUACUUGGCACUUCAGCUUCGUGAUCUAUGCAACGAAAUGCCGAUUCACGUUGUUGCACGAAAAUACGACUCCCCGCGAGGCUCUGUGCAGACGCUAUCACAAACUUGCCAUGGGUUUGCUGCCGGCGUGAUCAAGUUCUGCCAGCAUAUGGAUUGGGGCCUAAUGGCGGCGGCCCUGGAUCAUUUUUCCGAUCGCCUUCUGGCUGGCGCUCGAACUGAGCUGCUUAGUCUUGCAAAAAUACCAUUUAUCAAAAGCCGCACGGCGCGCGUAUUUUGGGAAAAUGGAUUCCGCACCGUGGGCAGCAUAGCCAAUGCCGACCCCAAAGAGCUCGUGCCUAUAUUGAAACAGGCAAAUCCUAGCAAGAUCCGAGUCAAGGGACUGGACAUUGCCAAGUACGAAGAAAAGCUCCUCUCCAAAGCCAAUAUCAUUUCCGCCUCCGCCAACAGACUAUGGAGUAUCCAAAUGCAGGCGGAGAUGGAACAGGAAUAA